GACAGCAUCGAGCGGAUCACACUGUCGCUUCAUGCCGCCUACACUGCAGCUGCUGGACCAAACACUAUAACCAUCUACACUGCAAACGGGGGAGAAAUUAUACAGAAAUCGCACCAUGUACCGUAAGGGAGGUGUGGUGCUGAUGCUCGUCACUGCUUUACAGGUGGUUUUGCAGGCUGCGGGGACCAUGCCAUGUCAGCCAGCCUUCACCCAGCAAGAGUACAGCGUUGUUGUCAAUGACAUCAUUACUGAGGGACAGGCCCUACUUAAAGUGAGCUUCAUGGACUGUGGGAGAGGUUCCAGUCUGCGCUUUGAGAGUGGUUACCCGGCAGACUUUCGGAUAGGAGAAGAUGGCACGGUGUAUGCCACACGAACUAUGCGAGCAUCAGACAGGAAGGGAUGGAGCCUAGAGAUCACUGCAAAAGAUAUGGAGACACAUGAGGUGUGGCUAACUCAUGUCACCUUCGCACUACACGACAUGCCAAAACAGGUGCCUGAGAUCGUGUUUCCAUUGCGCAGCGUUGUUGUCGGGGGUGACAGGAGCGUGAGCCGCGUGAAGAGAGACUGGGUCAUCCCUCCUAUCAAUGUACCUGAAAACUCCCGAGGACAAUUCCCAGAGGAGCUUGUCAAAAUCCGUUCAGACAGAGAUAAGAUUAACACACUGCGCUACAGUGUGACAGGACCAGGAGCUGAUCAGAAUCCUACCGGCCUCUUCAUCAUCGACCCUAUCACGGGACAGCUGUCCGUCACUAAGCCUCUAGACCGAGAACAGAUCUCCAACUUCCAUCUGCGUGCUCAUGCUGUGGACAUUAAUGGCAAUCAGAUGGAAAAUCCCAUUGAUAUUGUCAUCAAUGUUAUCGACAUGAAUGACAACAGACCGGAGUUUUCUCAUCAAAUCUGGAAUGGCACAGUGGACGAAGUUGCCAAGCCAGGCACAUUUGUGAUGACAGUCACAGCACAAGAUAAGGAUGACCCCAACGCAGCCAAUGGCAUGCUGAGAUACAAGAUCCUCUCCCAGAGUCCUGACACUCCCUCCACCAACAUGUUCACCAUCAAUAACAAGACAGGCAAAAUCAUCACUGUAGCCGCAGGCCUCGACAGAGAGAAAGUGUCCCAGUACACUCUGAUCAUCCAGGCCACUGAUAUGGAGGGAAAUCCAACAUAUGGCCUGUCCAACACUGCUACUGCUAUCAUACGCCUGCUUGACGUCAAUGACAACGCACCAGAAUUCACCAGAGAAACAUUCUACGGAGAGGUGCCUGAGAACCGUGUGAAUGUGAUUGUGUCUAAUCUGACAGUGACCGAUAAAGACAAGCCAAGCACACCAGCCUGGAAUGCGGUGUAUCGCAUCACAUCCGGAGACCCGACUGGACGCUUCUCCAUCCCCACUGACCCAACCACCAAUGAGGGCCUUGUCACUGUGGUUAAGCCCAUAGACUAUGAGAUAAACCGUUCAUAUUUGUUAACUGUGGUAGCCGAGAAUGAAGUGCCACUGGCGGGAGGGAUCCACCGCACCCGCCAAUCAACAGCCACCAUUUCCAUACGCAUCAUCGACGUGAAUGAGAGUCCCAACUUUGAACCCAACCCCAAACAGAUCAAAUUGGAUGAGGGACUUCCUGCAGGAUCAAUGCUCACCACAUUUAUAGCUCACGACCCUGACAGACACAUGCAGCAGACUAUCAGGUACUCAAAGGUAUUUGAUCCAGCUAACUGGCUGGAAAUUGACCCAAAUAAUGGGCGAAUCUCCACCAUCGCCCUACUUGACCGUGAAUCCCCGUAUGUCAGAAACAACCUCUACAAUGCUACCUUUAUGGCCUCUGAUAAUGGUAUUCCUCUUGCGAGUGGAACAGGUAUACUGCAGAUCUACCUGUUGGAUAUUAAUGAUAAUGCACCACGCGUCUUUCCCCAAGAAACCGAGGUGUGUGAGAGACCCAACCCCAACGCAAUCAACAUAACAGCUGUGGAUGGAGACCUGAACCCCAAUGCUGGGCCUUUUGCUUUCGAGCUUGCCAACCGACCCGCUGAUGUUCGCCGCAACUGGACACUCACUCGUCUCAGUGGUGACUAUGUCCAGUUGAGCCUGAAAAUCGGGCACCUCCAGAGCGGAAUCUACGAGGUUCCCAUCAUCAUCACAGACUCUGGAAACCUGCCGAUGGCAAACACAUCACACCUGCACGUGAAGGUGUGCCAGUGUGAUCACCAUGGAGACUGUGUGGAUAUGGAGCGCAUUAUGGCUGCCGGUUUGGGUACUGGAGCCAUCAUUGCCAUCCUCAUCUGCAUCAUCAUCCUGCUGGUGCUAGUGCUGAUGUUCGUGAUGUGGAUGAAGAGGAGAGAUAAGGAGCGGCAGGCGAAGCAGCUGCUGAUCGACCCGGAGGACGAUGUGCGAGACAACAUCCUCAAAUACGACGAGGAAGGCGGAGGAGAGGAAGACCAGGAUUAUGAUCUGAGUCAGCUGCAACAGCCAGACACUCUGGAGCAUGACCUGGUGAAGCCAGUUGGAAUCCGCCGGCUGGAUGAACGCCCGCUGCAUCCGGAGCCCAGCUACCCACUUCGUUCUGCUGCUCCACACCCUGGAGACAUCGGAGACUUCAUCCAUGAGGGUCUGAAGGCAGCCGAUACAGACCCCACGGCUCCUCCGUAUGACUCUUUGCUGGUGUUUGACUAUGAGGGCAGCGGCUCCACUGCCGGCUCACUCAGCUCACUGCACUCAUCUAGCUCUGGAGGCGAGCAGGACUACGACUACCUCAAUGAAUGGGGACCACGGUUUCGCAAACUAGCCGACAUGUACGGCGGAAAUGACGACUAAAGCACCCAGGCGUUACAGAAAAAAAAUUUAAAUAGAAAAUUUAAAAAAAGUGGCACUUUUUUAAAACAUGGGACACAGGACAGUGUGUAAAAUUAGAAAGAAGAAUAUUUCCCCAAUGAGAAAAUGAGACAGAGGGGAAGGAAGAUCACCAUGGCAACACUACUGGCUCCUUCCAGGCUUUGUGCCAAAGCCAAAGAGCACAAGGUGAUGGAAUCUGGACUCCAUCUCUGGAUCAGGCCAGUUUGUUGCCCAAGACUGCAGGACCAUCGGUGCAAAAAAUGAACAACACUGAAGGAAUGCUCAAAGAACAUUGAACCGAAUGCUCAGUUACACUUGAAUCUCACAGUACAGAAGCACUGGGAUAUUAUGUGCCUUUUUGUACAUUUUUUGAUUGAUUGGUUUCAAUUCAUUUGCUUUAUUGGCUCUGAGUUUUGGAGUAGUUCUGUUGUGAGCCUGUUUAUAGAAUACGGUUAUGCUUCAACACACUUCUGUUUGUACAUCAUAGCAUGGCGCUGUUAGACGCCAUCACGCCUUGCCCUGAAGUAAAAAUGAGACUGAGAGAACAGCAUUGUACAGUAUGCUAGAAAUUAGAUGUCAAGUUUCAUGUCAUUGUUUCUAUUUUCUCUCUCUCUUUUUUUUCACCAAAAGUUUAACUUAUGCAGACAGUGCAAAGGGGAAACCCUCAUCGUUGU